AUGUCAUAAUUCUUAACACCUACAAGAGAUGAAUUAUAUGAUUCAUUAAGAUUAACAGAUAUUGCUAAAUCAAAUGAAUCAUUAGAACCAUCCCCCAGAAAAUAUAUUAAGAUAGAAGAUUAUGAAAAUACUCCUUUAGAAACUCAAGAUUCAUCCUCAUACAAUAAAAUUAUUAUCCCCAUUCCCUUGAAAUAACCAGUGUCGGCUUCAAAGUAAGGCCAAAGAAUGCUUAUUAAUCCAAAUUUGAAGAUUAAAAUGCUAAAUCUUUAUAUCUCACACGCUAUUAUUCAAGAAGAGGACGAUAUUUUCAAUUGUAUUUAAUCACAGAAAUGA